ACUACCGCUGCUGCUGGACUACCGCUGCUGGUCACGUUUCGCUCUGCAAAUGCACAUUCCUCAUAAGUUGGAGUGUUUGAGCACGUUGAACAGCAUUUAUUUACAUUCUUUCAUUUUUUCCCCACACUAGUCUGUGGACAAUGUCUUCUAGAGAGAAAACGGCUACUCGAAAGCUGUGUUUUGGUGAGAAGUCUGAUUUAGAAGAGUCUGGUCAUGUAAAGGACAACGAAUUUUGCAGCAGCGACGACGAGGCCGAUAAGAACGUGGAUGACCCUGAUUUUGAGGAUUUUGACUCAAGUGAUGAAGAAUCAGAACCAGAAAGUGAGCCAAGCCCCAAAAAACAACGUCUUACCAGCACACCUCGCACCCCCAGAACCCCCACAUCUUUUACCAGUGGUUCCUUGAGUCCGUGGUCAACUCCAAGAGGAACGUCUCGUUCUCCACGGGUGAGGAAAAGGUCUGCAAGUGGCAAGUCAGUGGAGAGUGACACAGGCACUUGGAAUGACAUCAGUGUGGAGGAUGAGGCUCCAGUGCUACCUAAUUUUCUUCCAAAGCGAAACCCAGGAGCUCAGCUCGUCAUGGACAGAAUAUAUUCCCCCUUGGAGCUAUUUCAGCUUUUCUUCCCAAACUCUGUGGUGGACACUAUUGUGAAGAACACAAAUAGUUAUGCAAAAAUGAGGUCUGAAGCUGGGAAAAAAUUCAUGUGGGUGCCUUUGAAAGCACAGGAACUGUAUUCGUAUAUUGCGCUUGUUAUUUACAUGGGACUUCUCAGUGCAAAAAAUAUUGUAGACUACUGGUCAGGAAAAGACAUUUACAAGUUACCUUUUCCAAAAUCCGUGAUGUCCAGGUCCAGAUUUCAUGCCAUCUCUUGGAAUCUGCAUCUUUGUGAUCUUAAUGAGGAUCGAGCGAAUGCACUGAAAAAAGGGACUCGUGACUAUGACAGACUUUUCAAAAUCAAGCCCCUUUACACUGACAUCGUCGCGGCGUGCAAAACAUACUUCCAUCCAAACAAACAGCUGGCGGUGGAUGAGAGGAUGGUGGCGACUAGAGCGAGAAUUGGCUUCAAACAGUACAUGAAGGACAAGCCUACCAAGUGGGGUUACAAACUCUUCGUUCUUGCUGAUUCUGUCUGUGGCUACACAUGGAACUUCUUUGUUUAUGAAGGUAAAUCUUCGCUGAACUCUGGUAAAGGACUGAGUUACGAUUCCGUGAUUCGCCUCCUGGAUCUGCCUCUUCUUGGCAAAGGCUACCAGGUGUAUAUGGACAACUUUUAUACAAGCCCGGGCCUUUUAUUGGACUUGCUGGAUAAAAAGACACUUGCGUGUGGCACGAUACGUUCCAACACACAGGGCUUUCCUAGAACUAUGUCCAAUGACCUCAGCCUCAGAGCUCAAAAGGGAUCCAUACGCUGGCUUCGGGAUGGUAAGCUCCUCUUUUUGAGGUGGAUGGACACGAAAGCGGUUUCAAUGUGUUCAACGAUACACAAGGCGUAUGAUGGUGCUACCGUCUCCAGACGUAUCAGGAAUUCCAAGAAUGAGUGGGAAAUUUGCCACAUCCCAAUUCCGGCGGCAGCGAAGGACUACAAUAAAUAUAUGGGUGGUGUGGACCUUUCGGAUGCUCUAAUUGGGUACUACAAUGUCCUACACAAAACCAAAAAAUGGUACAAGACCUUUUUCUUUCAUUUUGUCGAUAUCGCCGUGGUGAACAGUUUUAUUCUCCACCAGCAACUGUCCAAAUCUCAGAAUAAGAGUGCUCUCACCCAGAAGGACUUUAGAGAGACACUUGUGUCUGAGCUGGUAAAGAUUGCCACACUGUCCAGCCCAUCACCUGCCCCCAAGCCAUCCACAUCAGAGCCCUCCACAUCUGAGGUCGGCUCAAAGGAAGAGCCAUGCUGGCCAGAGUAUUUUGGGACAGAUGCCUCAAGUGGGAGGAGAGUCUGUGUCUUGUGCAAAGUUUCAGGUCUCAAAGUAAAGACACCUGUGUACUGUACAAAAUGCAGUGUAGCUUUGUGCUUUGUGUCUUCAAGGAACUGCUUCAAAAAAUGGCACACCGAGAAACAUGGGGAAGAACAGACUGUUGACUAA